GUGUCACACUUAUAGCGCUCCGGGGUCAGGGCCGGGGCAGUAGUUAGCUAGCAGGGCUAUAUGUGGUGCAGGUGUAACGUUGCAGUCACGGCGGUGUGUUGUAGUUCCCCGGGUGACAGAGUGACUGCGCGGUCGCGUCUCCGGACGGUAGCAGCGACAGUCCCGACACGGAAGCUAGCUUCCAUGACGUCACAGGUGUCACCUGACCGAGUGUGACACACGGGCCUGGAUGUCGUGACUCUUCACCGGUACACGGCCGCAGAUGCUUUCCCCUGAGGCUGACGGCACAGCAGGAUGUCAGGCAGUGGGAACCAGUCCUGUCUGACGGGAGCCGAGGACACCGUCUCGUUCCUGGUGUGUGUGUUCCAUGCUUUGGAGGAUUGGGCAGGCAUUGGUCAGGUGGAGGACUACCUGAGUGUUUUGGAGUACCUGCUGUGGGUCUUCACCCCUCUGGUCAUCGUCUUCAUCUUGCCCUUCCUCAUUGUCAUCCUGCUUUACUUGUCUAUACUCUUCCUCCAUGUCUAUAAGAGGAAGAACCAGCUGAGGGAAGCGUACAGUAACAACCUGUGGGAUGGAGCCAGGAAGACCCUGGCUACACUGUGGGACGGACAUGGAGCCAUAUGGCAUGGCUAUGAGAUCCAUGGGCUGGAGAAGAUCCCCGACAAAGGACCAGCUCUGAUCGUCUACUACCACGGAGCGAUUCCCAUCGACUACUACUACUUCCUGGCCACCCUUAUCCUCCAGAAAGGACGGACCUGUCACUCUGUAGCUGACCACAUCCUCUUCAAGAUCCCAGGCUUCAAGUUACUGCUGGAGGUGUUCAGUGUGAUCCAUGGUCCUCAGGAAGAGUGCGUGCGGGCCCUGAGGAAUGGUCACUUGUUGGGGAUUUCUCCAGGAGGAGUGCGGGAAGCUCUGCUCAGCGAUGAGACCUACCCUCUUCUCUGGGGCAAACGCAAAGGCUUUGCCCAGGUCGCCAUCGACUCUCAAGUGCCAGUAAUUCCAAUGUUUACUCAGAAUGUACGGGAAGGCUUCAGGUCUCUGGGAACACUCAGAUUUUUUCGCUGGGUGUAUGAGAGGUUCCGUCUCCCUGCGGCACCUAUUUAUGGUGGAUUUCCUGUGAAAUUUCGGACCUUCCUUGGAGAUCCCAUCCCGUACGACCCCAACCUAAAUGCUGCAGAGCUGGCAGAGAAAGUACAGCAGGCGGUCCAGUCUCUGAUAGACCAGCACCAGCAGAUACCAGGGAACAUCCUGAGAGCCUUGUUGGAGAGAUUCCACACCAAACACAAAGACCAUUAACAUGCACAGUGCAGCAGAGACAAACUGUCACGUUGGCUCAGAUGGCUGCAGUGUGCACAGGGUUGGACUAUUUUCACUGCUUUCUUCACUGCGACAAACAACACUGACCGCAGCCGAGGUUCCUUUUACACACGUGUUGUUUUGAAUUUCAUCUUUACGACGUGUAUUUGUUCGUACAUCGACUGCCUUUUUACAGCUGACUAUUCCCAGGAUGACGAUCGACUUCCUAAAGUUGUGUUAUUGGACAUGACAAUAAUAAUACUUCAAAAAUGCUAAAAAAAAAACAAAACAGUAAGGUCAGAAAAAUUCAUAAAAUUGUUUAGUCAAUAAAUCUGUCCCUUCAUGUCCAUGCCUAUGAAUUGCAGUGCCUGUGCAGACGGUUGCGUGUGAUGAUAAACUGUAACAGCACUUUUGAGUUUGCACAGUUUUACUUGACUGAGCUAACAAAAUAUUGGCCAUUUGUAUGUUUUUGGCCGUUUACCUGUAUUUCGAUAGACGGUGAAGGAAACAGGAAACAAAAUUUUCCCCCCAAUAUUUAUUCCAGUUUUUAUUUUCUUUUAUAUUUUCUUUAUUGUAUUGUAUACUCAUAGACGCAAAAGGCUGGAAAAAAAUUAUCGGAAAACCCAACAAUGAAAGUCAAUCCAUUAGUAAAAUCUGCUGAAGUAGCCAGGGUAUGACUGUCACAGAGAUGUUGAUUCAACUCUUUGUCAUUUGUGAAGGUGUAAUUUAUGUUGUUGUAUGAAAUCACAGUAUAUUACUGCAGAUUCCAAUAUAGUAAUUUACCAUCAAAAUUAACGGAAUUAGACACAUAGUAGAUAACCCAUGAUAUAAUUAAUUCUAAAUGGAAGACAGAUUAAUUCAUCUGAAAUUAUUUAUCGUAGUAUUUUUUUUUUUAACUUUUUAUGAACCGUCCACUGUUUGCCAAGUGAUUAUCUGUAAAAAGUCCAGGUAAAGCUUAAAACCUAACCUAAACCUAAAACUACAUCGGGAGGGGGACCUUAUUCCUAUCAAGAGCCGUUUCCAAUUUUUAUAACAUAAAUUAUUUUAAUUCAGUAUACGAAAUAUAAUGCUUUUUGUGUUUAGGGAGGCCAUUAGUUGAUCAAACCAAAAAACUUUGCAGGUGACUGACAAACUAAGACGAGAAUAAGUGUAGUAGGACUGUUUGAUAAAAGAGACUCAUGCACACAGAGAAGUACAACUAUGUGGAGAAGUUCAAAAUCUUUUGAAAAUACAACAGAUAGGUGACAGACAUAUAUUAUUAUGCAUCGAGUAUAUUAUAAUUCUACAGCAGAUGCAUUUUAAGCAUUUUGUAUCCAGGUACUCACGUGCUGAUGAUUUUUACUCCCAUGUCCCCACCACCAGUACAAACAAAGUAUUAACCACCAAGCCAUCACUGCACAGUAUCAGGUGCAGCACAGAAGGGACAGUAGGGUAGGGCAAACACAAAUGAUAGGAUGAGCUGAAUCAGUGAAGAUCACUUCAGGAAACCUUGUUAUGGAAUUCAGUCUGAUUUCUGUAUUUUAUUGGAGGCGUGUGUGUGUGUGUGUGUGUGUGUGUGUGUGUGUGUGUGUGUGUGUGUGUGUGUGUGUGUGUGUGUGUGUGUGUGUGUGUGUGUGUGUGUGUGUGUGUGUGUGUGUGUGUGUGUGUGUGUGUGUGUGUGUGUGUGUUUGUGUGUGUGUGUGUAUUUGUAUGUGAGAGCCUUUCACCUCGACAGCUGAGAAGCUCACAAAACUGAAGUAUCUUCUUUCUGUAUAAUUUAUCAUAUCAGUACAAAUACUGACCCGUGACUAUAUUAGUGCACAUUUUGCAUGUGUAUAUUAAUAUGUAAUACGAUAAUUUUCUGCUGUUUAGAGCUUCAUCAGCAGAACUGUGAACUAAACAUUUGUCACUUACAGUUUAACUUGGGAGUUUGUCCAAAUUGUGGUUUGGAGAUAAAGUUUAUAUAUAUAUAUGUGUGUGUGUGUGGUAAAUAUUGUGAUUGAACACUAGUUAUGCACACAGUCUUCAAAGUGUUGCUGCCAACUGCCAAUUUUUAAAGACGCCUUUGUAAGACCAAGUGGGAUUUGUGAGAGUUGUUUUAAUGGAUGACUUACUUCUGUCAGCCUGUUGCCUUUUUUUCCAUAUGUAUGUUGUAAAUUUUGAGAUGAUGUGAUUUGUGAUUUUAAAUUAUGUCAAUAUUAUACUCUAAUGUUGCACUUUUAAACGUUGAGAUCCAGUUCAACCUCUUAAUAAAUCUAUUUUAUUAAGUUC